AAAUUUUACCGAUAAAUAUAUAAUUUACACAAGCAUGCUUCAUUUAGUAGAGCAAAACAAUAUUUAGCGAGUGCAACUGUGCAAGUUGUUGCUUCAAAAUAUUAUACAUUAUUCAUUUAAUAACAUCUAACAACAAAGGUGACCAUGCAAUGUUAGAGAACCUUUGUCAUUUUGUUCCCACCAAAUUGCUAAUAGACAAAGUUGAUUAAGACUCCUAAUAUUUAGUACUCUCCAUUUUAUGCUGACCUAUAGCUUAAUCUCUGUCAAAACUAAGUACCAACUAUGUAUUGUACUAUAUUUAGCAUCAUAUCAAGAUCAAGAGAGUUAAAGAGAUUCUCUUUCCUGGAAAUUUCACACAAGAUUUUAUAAGAGUUGAGAUGCCUUGAUUGGAUUAUUCAGUUUCCAGCUACUGUUACUUGCAUUGUUAAUUAUAUAUAACUAGUAGUUACAACCAUCUCUCUGCGCUUCAUCUGGAGAUCUCUCUCUCUAUCUGCCAAAAGAGAGAAUAUGAGAAAGGAGAGCCAGUGAAAAUAACAAAUAGUGACUGUCACAAUUGUGUAGAUUUACAGAUAUAAUAGCGGAGAUGGUGAGAGCUCCUUGUUGUGACAAGAUAGGACUGAAGAAAGGGCCAUGGACUCGCGAAGAAGAUCAACGUCUCACCUCUUACAUCCAGCAGAAUGGUCAUUCAAAUUGGAGGGCUCUCCCAAAACUAUCUGGUCUUCUGAGAUGCGGGAAGAGUUGCAGACUGCGAUGGACAAACUACUUGAAUCCGGAUAUUAAGAGAGGAAAUUUCAGCAAAGAGGAGGAGGAGACUAUCAUCCAGCUGCAUGAAUCCAUGGGAAAUAGAUGGUCUGCCAUGGCGGCUAAAUUACCAGGAAGAACUGAUAAUGAAAUAAAAAAUGUAUGGCAUACACACAUCAAGAAAAAGCUCAAAGACUACAACUCCACUCAAGACAUCAAAAGGCCGAAAAACAAGUCAGAACCUCAGUCUAAAAAGCCGGAUUCUUCUACCAGUAAGGAGAUUGAGAGUUUGGGGCAUGGGUCAAUUUCUCCGAAAAGUUCUACUAGUGAACUCUCAUCAGUCACCACUGAUCCAGAUAUUAUCCAGCAAGAAGUAUUGAUUUCAUCAACUACUGUUCUAUUGUCGGAAUUCGGGGAAAGUAUCUGUCUAACAGAUAUACCAGAUGAUCAAGAUAUGAAAGUGUGGCUUGAAAUUGAUGAGGGAUUCAAGUGUCUCAAAGGUGAUGAUGACAUGAGUUUCUGGUAUAAUCUUUUCUUGACAGCAGAGGAAUUACCAGAAUUCUGAAGCUGUUUGAUUUAAAAAGGUCUUUGACAGGCCUAAAAACUGUAGCAUCAUCUAGAUUCUAAACUAUAAUCUGGGCAACAUAAACUGCAACUGAACAAGUGUUCCCUAAGAUAGCAUUUUCUUACAUGAGUUUAGGAACUCAGUUGCAAGCUUAUCGAUAAUUUCCAUUAAAUGUCAAA